AAAAUUUCAAAAUGGAAUCAAUGAAGAGAGUAAGAGAACAGGAAGAAGAGCUGGCUGCUCUUGAGAAGCCAUACACAAGUCUUAUAUAUUCUAAAAUAAAUGGGAUCCUUUCGACCUCCUACACUGUCAUGUUGAUCGAGGAUUCGUAUAAAUAGGCUAGCUUAUGGGGAGAAUUAUUAUCAGAACAAAAAGCAAUGCAGGGUUUUUAAUAGCCUCACCCCACCAAUGAAGCAAGGUGUUGAGCAACUGUCCUUUUGAUUACAGAGAAAGAAAGCUUCUAUGAAAGAUUUCCUGAAUAAAGCACCUUUUUCAAGAGUAAAGAAUAUAUCCCUCCAUGCGAAUAGAGGAUCUGCUGUCUUAAGGUUCAGACUUACUAAGCCAGUAAAGAGAUUGAUCACAUGUGCUAUUUCCAAUCUACAGAUUAGUUCAUGGGUUGUUCCUCCAGCAUCCUUCCAGGCAAUUUUUGAAAGAGGGUGUCACGUUGAAGAACUUAAAUUCGAAAACUGUAUACUUGAGCCAUUCGUAUGCAUUCUCAGCCCAAUCCUUACGUACAAGAUACAACGACUUGUGGUAUCAGAAAGUGGACUUGAGAGGAACUGAAUGCUUACAAACUCCUUACCAUUCGAGUAUACUUUAUCCGCCUUCUUCUUCCAUGUUAUAUCACGAAGUAGUUUAAGAGACACGGUUAAAUCAAUCGAAUUUAUAUGAGUCGAUGAGAGUCUGCAGAGUAUCAACAGGCUUAAGGACCGAGAAGAGCUGUUCCAUAUUAAAAUCUCUACUGAGAUAGAACUGGAAUCUGAACUUUGCUCCUAAGGAUACUUUAAAUGAAUCUGAAGAAUGGGUGUUAAAGAUAUACAUAUUCCUUGAUGGGGCGAGAUGGGCCUUAUUUGAGGUCCGAAUG